AUGAGGGAAAUUCUCCACAUCCAGGGAGGACAAUGCGGGAAUCAGAUCGGCUCCAAGUUCUGGGAGGUGAUCUGCGGCGAGCACGGCAUCGACGCCACCGGAAAGUUCGGCGGCGACGCCGCGUCGGACCUGCAGCUGGAGCGCAUCAACGUGUACUACAACGAGGCGUCCGGCGGGAGGUACGUCCCGCGGGCGGUGCUCAUGGAUCUGGAGCCGGGGACCAUGGACGCCAUCAGAUCCGGGCCGUACGGGAAGAUCUUCAGGCCCGAUAACUUCGUGUUCGGGCAGUCCGGGGCGGGGAAUAACUGGGCCAAGGGCCACUACACCGAGGGCGCGGAGCUGAUUGACGCCGUGCUCGACGUCGUCAGGAAGGAGGCCGAGAACUGCGAUUGCCUCCAAGGAUUCCAGGUGUGCCACUCCCUCGGUGGAGGCACAGGGUCAGGCAUGGGCACCCUCUUGAUCUCCAAGAUACGGGAAGAAUACCCAGACAGGAUGAUGCUCACCUUUUCCGUUUUCCCUUCACCAAAGGUCUCCGACACUGUGGUCGAACCCUACAAUGCUACUCUUUCUGUCCACCAAUUGGUUGAGAAUGCAGAUGAAUGCAUGGUCCUCGACAAUGAAGCUCUGUAUGACAUUUGUUUCAGAACCCUUAAGCUCAGCACCCCAAGCUUCGGUGACCUGAACCACUUGAUUUCGGCAACCAUGAGCGGGGUCACCUGCUGCCUCCGCUUCCCGGGCCAGCUGAACUCUGACCUCCGGAAGCUUGCGGUCAACCUGAUCCCUUUCCCCCGACUCCACUUCUUCAUGGUCGGGUUUGCCCCACUCACCUCCCACCGCUCGCAGCACUAUGCCUCCCUGACAGUCCCCGAGUUGACUCAGCAGAUGUGGGACGCUAAGAACAUGAUGUGCGCCGCGGACCCACGCCACGGCCGCUACCUAACUGCCUCAGCCAUGUUCCGCGGUCGCAUGAGCACCAAGGAGGUCGACGAGCAGAUGCUCAAUGUCCAGAACAAGAACUCGUCCUACUUUGUGGAAUGGAUCCCGAACAACGUGAAGUCGAGCGUGUGUGACAUUCCGCCUACAGGUCUCAAGAUGUCGUCGACUUUUGUUGGCAACUCGACUUCCAUCCAGGAGAUGUUCCGGCGGGUGAGCGAGCAAUUUACUGCCAUGUUCAGGCGCAAGGCUUUUCUGCAUUGGUACACGGGUGAGGGCAUGGACGAGAUGGAGUUUACUGAGGCCGAGAGUAACAUGAAUGAUUUGGUGGCUGAGUAUCAGCAGUAUCAGGAUGCGACUGCUGACGAGGAUGAGGACUAUGAAGAGGAUGUUGAUGAGCAGUAUGAAGGUUGA